AUGUUGCCGAUUAAUAUAUUAAUCCUUAUACUAGGAUGUUUGCAACAGAUUGUUGCUACUGGAUAUAAUAUCCCUACUAGGGACUAUGACGAAAAGAAUUACUUUUUACUUGAGUUAAAUACUACUUCUAGUCAAAAGCCAUUGAUAGAUUUUAUAAAUCAACAUUCUCAAAAUUAUAAUUACGAACAUCAAUUAUACGGAUUUGAUAAUCAUUAUGUUUUCAGUAUCGAUAAAUCUCAUUCUCAUAAUCAAUUCUUGGGUAAUUUAAAUAAAAUUUCCAAUGAUGAAUCAGAAGAUGAAUCAAAAUUAAUGAAAAGAUCUGAUGGAUUCGAAGAUCAUUACGAUGGAUUUAUAAAUAAUGAACAUUUAAAAUCAAUUUAUAUGUUACCACCUAAAAAAUUAUCCAAAAGAUUACCAGUUCCAUUCACUCCAGAAGAAGUUGAAUAUCAACAAGCUCAAAAUAAUCAACAUAAAAGAUUAGAUAUAGUCGAUUCUUCUCAAGAACCAGUGAAAAAGGCAAGUGAUAAGUUAGGCAUCAAUGAUCCUGGGUUCAUUGAACAAUGGCAUUUGAUUAAUACCUUGAGUCCAGGUCAUGAUGUUAAUGUAACCGAAUUAUGGUAUGAAGGUAUUACUGGGAAAGGCAUUGUAACUGCCAUUAUUGAUGAUGGUUUAGAUGCUGAAUCAGAAGAUUUAAAAGCCAAUUUUAAUAAAAAGGGAUCUUGGGAUUUCAAUGAUAAUACAAACAUACCAUUACCUCGAUUAUUUGAUGAUUAUCAUGGAACAAGAUGUGCAGGAGAAAUCGCAGCUGUUAAAAAUGAUGUUUGUGGUAUUGGUGUGGCAUAUGAUAGUCAAGUCAGUGGGAUCAGAAUUUUAUCAGGUCCAAUCACUGCAACCGAAGAAGCUUCAGCCAUGAUUUAUGGUUUAGAUGUUAAUGAUAUUUAUUCAUGUUCUUGGGGUCCAACUGAUGAUGGUAGAACUUUAUCUGCUCCAGAACCAAUUGUCAAAAAGGCAAUGAUAAAGGGUAUUCAACAAGGUAGAGCCUCAAAGGGUUCCGUUUAUGUUUUCGCAUCAGGUAAUGGUGGUAGAUAUGGCGAUUCAUGCAAUUUCGAUGGUUAUACCAAUUCAAUUUAUUCAAUUACGGUUGGUGCCAUUGAUUUCAAAGGUUUACAUCCAAGUUAUGCUGAAGCAUGUUCAGCUGUCAUGGUUGUUACAUAUUCUUCUGGUUCCGGUGAGCAUAUUCAUACUACUGAUAUUAAACAAAAAUGUACUGCUCAACAUGGAGGUACAUCAGCUGCUGCUCCUUUAGCUGCUGGAGUUUAUUCAUUAAUUUUACUGGCAAAUCCAAAUUUAACUUGGAGAGAUGUUCAAUACAUUAGUGUAUUAAGUUCUGAUCCUAUAAAUGAAGAUGAUGGACAUUAUCAAACUACCGCUUUAGGUCGUAAAUAUAGUCAUAAAUAUGGUUAUGGUAGAAUGGAUGCUUAUUCAAUGGCACAUUUUGCUCAAACUUGGACCAAUGUUAAACCUCAAGCUUGGUUUUAUAGUGAUGUUCAAGAUGUUAAAAAGACAAUUAAUUUGGGACCUGAUGUUGCUGAAAAGAAUCAAAUCAUAAAACAAACUAUUACCGUUACUCCACAAGAUUUAAAAAUUAUUAAUUUAGAAAGAGUAGAACAUGUAACAGUGACAGUCAACAUUCAAGCAAACUUCAGAGGUAGAGUUGGAGUUCGUUUAAUUUCACCAACAGGAGUUAUAAGUGAUUUAGCUACAUUCAGACCUAGUGAUUCUACUGGAAUUGGCUUUAAAAAUUGGACAUUUAUGUCAGUUGCUCAUUGGGGUGAAUCAGGAGUUGGAGAUUGGGUUGUUGAAGUGUUUGGAGAUGAAUCAAAACCAGGUAAUAUUCAAAUUACCUUUGACAAUUGGCAAUUAAGAUUCUUUGGUGAAUCGAUUGAUGCUAAUGAAGUUGAAACUUAUGAUUUAGAUAAAGAUUAUGCCGCUAUAAGAAGAGAUAAACAGGCUGAAGCUGAUAAAGAAGAACCAGUUGAUGAAGCUACUUCUAUAGGUGAACCAUCCUCUAGUACCACUGAAGCAAAUUCUAGUGAAAUUGCAUCUGAAGUUAUCACCAGUAGUAAUGAUAGUGUUAGUUCAGCUCCAAGUGAAGAAGAUUCUGUUAGUGAACCACCAGUGAUACCAACCGAUGAACCAAAUGAAGAUGAAAUUAACCCUGAAGAACCAGAAGAUGGUAAGAAUAAACAAUAUACUGGAAAUCAUACUGGACAAUAUUUUAUGGCAGUGGCAGUGAUUGGUUUUAUUAUUGUAUUAGUAGUUAUGAGAUUUAAUAAGACACCAGGAAGUGGUAGAAGAAGAAGAAGAAGAGAUGAAUAUGAAUUUGAUAUUAUACCAGGAGAAGAUUAUUCUGAUAGUGAUGCCUUAGAUGAUGAUGAGUUUUUCGAAGAUGAUGCCGAUGCUGUUGAAUUAACAUUUACAAGACCAGGACAAGGUCAACAAGAUGAUGAAAGUACGAGAGAUGAUGAGACCUUACCCAAGUAUCAAGAACAAGAUCAAGAGAUGUUUGCCAUUGGAGGAGAAGAAGAUGAUGAAAGUGCGGCAGCUACUGGAGAAGAAGAAAGGGAUGCAUUAGUUGAAAAACCAAAGAUUAAGAAAGAAGUGUCAUUUAAGACUGAUAAACAUGGUGAUGAUGAUGAUGAAGAUAAUGAAGAUGAUAGAUUACUUUCAUCAGAAGGUAGAUCGAGUUCAGACUAA